ACAGGAUAUAAUUCCUCUGUUCAUUUGAACUCAGUCACUACUAUACAGUAGAUGGGGAAAUGAUUUCUAGUGAUAUAAUAUGUAACCAUUGUAUCUUGUUAUUAACCAUAUCUUCUUUACAGUUCAGGUGCUGAGAUACAUCAGCUCUACAGACUCUAUCUGGUUCAUUGAACAUUAUUGAGAACUGAAAUGGAAACCGUCAACAACACAGAGUUCCUGGGGGACUUCACACUGAACGGUGACCAUCCUCCAAGAUUGAAAGAGACGAUCAGUAGAGACAGCAUAGUGAUCAACCCAGCACCACCUGCAAGGUACCUGCUGAAGACCAAGCGGAAGGACGUGGAUGGGAGGGACGGAGUCCGGAGAUGGACCAUAGGAAACCACAACCCUUGCAAGAGGAAAAAGACCCUGCUGAUCCUAGGAGAGGUUGGGGCAGGGAAGACCACACUAGUCAACGCUAUGGUCAACUUCGCCAUCAGAGUUAAGUGGGAGGAUAACGCCAGGUUCCAAAUCACCGAGCGUUUCAAAGACAGAGAGACGUGCUGGGCUCACGAUCCUAGAACCAAUGCUGUGACAGCCUAUGAGAUCUUUGGCUGGGAGGACGCUGAGUUGCCUUUCUCUCUCACCCUCAUUGAUACACCAGGGAUAGAGGACAGAGAUGAACUCAGACCUUUGAUAGAGAAACUAAGAAUGCUGCUGGAAGAGGGAGAGAUUCGACCACAUCGACGCUGUCUGCCACGUGGUGAAGGCAACGCAGAACUGUCUGACAGAACAUCAGAGAAACAUCUUUGACGCGUUCCUGUCCCUCUUGGGCAAGGACAUGAAAGAUAACAUCAUCACCCUCAUCACUCACUCUGACGAGACCAGACCGGAGGUUCUCGACAUCAUCAUGGAGUACAAACUCCUAGGCGACAAGGUUCCGGUUCACUUCACGUUCAACACUCACCUCUUUCAGACCAGAAACCCUUUCUAUGACAAAAUCUAUGAGACAACAUGGGAAAACAGCAUGAAAAGCAUGAGAGGAUUCUUUGAUAAGCUAAACGGAAUGCAACAUCAACGCACCAAGCAGACGAUAGAGGUAUUGGUGGAACGCUUGAAGCUGGAGGACUGUUUCAAACAUGGAAGGAUCCCUUCAGAGGUGGGAGCAAUCUGCUGCACAGUGUGUGAGAUGAACUGCCAUACCGGGUGCGUGGCUUGUCACUCCUACUUCUGCCAAGUCAUGUUACGAGGGAAAUGCACCAUGUGCCCACAGAGAUGCAGUCACAAGAAACAUGUCAGAGGACACCAGAGAUAUGCUGACGACCAUAAAAAUCUGAGAGCUCAACUCAAAGAAUGUUUCCAAAAUAUGAGGAAGAACUCCUUGAUGCCUCACUUGGAGCCGAGUCUCAAGAACCAGAUUCAGCGUGCCAACGAGAAGGGAGACAAGCAGAAGUUGAAGGAACUUGAGGAAAAGAAAGGGACAAUUGCCGAUUUAAUCAAGAAGAAUAUGGAAAUGGAAAGAGAGUAGGGUGAGAAUUUGCUGUGAGAUCACAUGCGCAGAAUAAAACUUUACCGUGAAAUGCUUAUUUUCAAGCCCUUAUUAAACAACAAUGUAAUUCAAGAAAUGUAAGUUUACAUCAGCUUAAAGAGGUCAGCAGUGUAGUAUGAAUGAUUUGUUUUCCAGUAACCUUUACCAUAUGUUAAUCAAUCUUUAAUCAUUGUGUCAUAUUUUUCCAAGUCACAUACUGCAUGUCAGAAAACAUGCAUCACAUGAACCCACAACUAGAAAUAUGAUGUACUUUCAAGGCCCAAUGCAGCCAUUUUUAUAUCAAUAUCAAAUCACAUCUGAUCUAACAAUUAAUGACCUUACUGUAAUAGACUUCGAUAAAAAUGAGCAAAACCUGCUUUUUUGCUUGUACUGUCUGGAAGUUGUCUGAGUGGUCUGAGUGGGGAGGGGCACACUGAAAACAUUAUUGGCAUAGAGGUAUCUCUUUUAUUUUUUCUCUCUCUUUCUUAUUGGUCUAUUAACUAAAUUACUGCAACAAAAAAAGCUGAAACUCCCAUCCAUGCAAACCUGCUGAUUACAAGGUCCUGUGUAGAUUGUAUGUUCAACCACCAACUAUCAGGAAAAUAACACUUAUCAAAUGUUUUCACACUUUUACAGUGUUAGUUUCAUCAGCUGCAUAUAACACAAGUCAAACAAAAUGUUGGCUGCACUGGGCCAUUAACGUUAUCAUUUACAUGGUUUGUAA